AUAUAAAGUCCCCGAACCGGGGCUCGUGUAAUCUACUUGUUUUCUCCGAACGGAAGAGACAAAAGGCGUUUUCACCAUGGUGGCAAAUUUCAAGGUCUACAAAAAAUGCUCGCCCAACGGCAAGCUCGCCGUCUACCUGGGCAAACGCGACUUCAUCGACUAUUUGUCGGGCACCGAGCCGAUUGAUGGCGUAGUCCUGGUCAGUCCGGAAUACGUGGACAGCAGCAGGAAGGUGUGGUGCCAGCUGUUGUGCAGCUUCCGGUACGGCCGCGAGGAGGACGAGGUGAUGGGCCUCAAUUUCCAGAAGGAUCUCUUCCUGGCGUCGGAGCAGGUCUUCCCGCAAAUUAAGAAGCCCGAGUCCAAUCCUACCAAGAUGCAGGACAGGUUGCUGAAGAAACUGGGUUCGAACGCGAUACCCUUUACCUUCACGUUCCCGCAGAGCGCGCCGUCCAGUGUGACUCUUCAACCCGGACCCGACGAGACCGGCGACCCGUGCGGCGUGAGUUACUACAUAAAGGUGUAUUGCGGCGACACGGAGACCGACGUGACCCAUAAGCGCAGCACCGUCCUGAUGGGCAUCCGCAAGAUUCAGUACACGCCCACGACGCAAGGCCGUCAGCCGUGCACCGUGGUGCGCAAGGACUUCAUGAUGAGUCCGGGCGAGCUCGAGCUCGAGGUUACCCUGGACAAGCAGCUGUACCAUCACGGCGAGACGAUCGCCAUCAACGUAUGCGUGCGUAACAACAGCAACAAGAUGGUGAAGAAGAUCAAGGCGCUGGUGCAGCAGGGCAUCGACGUGGUAAUUUUCCAGAACGGUCAAUUCCGGACGGUGAUAGACUCGAUUGAGACGCAGGACGGCUGCCCGAUCAAUCCCGGCUCGAAUCUGCAGAAGGUGCUCUAUCUGAAGCCCAGCCUGGAGAACAACAAGCAGCGUCGCGGCAUCGCCCUCGACGGCAUAAUGAAGCGGGACGAAAGCGACCUCGCGUCCAGCACUCUGCUCACCUCGCCGGACGUGCGCGACUCCUUCGGCAUCGUCGUAUCCUACGCCGUCAAGGUCAAGCUUUAUCUCGGCGCCCUGGGUGGCGAAUUGACGGCCGAGCUGCCGUUCAUUCUGAUGAGAUCCAAGUCGUCCGAUCGGGUCAAACUGGUCCCGACGGACAGCGUGCUGAUCGAGGACAUCCCGCACGAGAAGGUCGACGAGAAAGUCGGCUUCUAGAUUAACAUUUCAACAUGUCCUGUGGGACCAUUGCUCGAGUCACCGCUUCGACCGCUUCUCGCGCCCAACUUUCUAAUUAGCAUAUCGAGCGGGCACGAGAACGGUGCUGACAUCCAAAAGGCGUCUAAAGGGCGUCUUAAUGCGUCAGACGUUUUUCUUUAGUUAUCCUCUAUAACUCAUCUGAACUACAGUAUUGUUAAAUCGGUAUCUUUUAUCAUAAAUACAUCACAGCUGAUAUAAAUGACGUUAAUUUAUGCAAAAUUAAUAUUAUACAUGAAAAGUCAUGCAGUUCUGAUAUGUACAUGAAUUGUAUAAAAAAAAGUAUCAGAUUAAUUAGUUCUGUUGAUAUUUUCGACGAAUAUGUUUAAUUUAUUUAUAUAAUCUAGCUAAUUUAUAUAACCAACCUAUCCUGCAUUAAUAAUUUAUUGAUCGUUUUGAUAUGAAUGUGAAUUGUAAUGAAUAUUCGGCUAUAUACAUACAUGUAAUUAAAUUCUUCAAUCUCUAUCGAAGCUCGCAAUUGAAUAUUUGCAUCAGGGUGUCAAUUCUUUCAAAAUACACCCCCAAAUUUAACUGUACGAUUGCGCAUCGUGCAGAACAAUUAUUACAAAAUGUAUAUACUUUACAAGAUCAAUAAAAGAUAAAACGUU